AACAUAAAUAAAAAAUUAAAAAUAGUAACUUAGAAAAAAAAAAAAAAGAUCACCGUUUUCCACGAGAACACGAGAUCUCUGUUUUUCAUUUCCAUCUCGUUUUAUAUUUUCUGUCCUUUCUUAAUAAUCUUUUUUUUUUUUUCUUCAUCUGUAGCUAUAACGCCAAAAAAUCUGUAAACCCUAGCCUUGGUGUUUUGUUGCACAAAAGAAGUUGCAGAUCUGAGCCCAGCUGCGAAAGACAGUGGAUCAUAUAGGGAGUUAUUAAAGUCUACUUUUUAAUGCGUGGUUCUUUGUUCUUUGAUGAUUCUAUGAGAGUCAAAUGAAUGUGGUUCUGCGAAGGUCGCUGGAUAGUGUUACUUCGGAGUGAAAAAUAAAGAGGGAUGCAAGAUUUGUGGAUACUUGAUUUUGAUUACAUAUGUUACGACGUCUUGGGUGGUUAAUUGGUUUCAAUAAUAGAGUUGGACAAGCGAAGAAGUUACCAGAUGCAAAGCCAGACCCGGCUAAAGUACAGCCGGUGGUCAUGUUGGACACUGUCCAGGAGAUUGCUAUUUACAUCCAUAGGUUUCAUAACCUUGAUCUUUUCCAGCAAGGAUGGUAUCAACUUAAGAUUUCUAUGAGAUGGGACAAUGAUGAGCAUGCUUCUGUAGGAACGCCUUCAAGAGUCAUGCAAUAUGAAGCUCCAAAUCUUGGUUCUGAUGAUGGAUAUGGAGUAUGGAGGAUUGAUGAUACAGACAACAGUUUUGCAACACAGCCUUUUCGAAUCAAAUAUGCAAGACAGGAUAUUGUUUUAUCUAUCAUGGUUGCAUUUGAUCUACCUCUUACUGAAAAUGAGGGUCCUUUCUCAUCAGCUGUCAUUUUGAAGUUUGAGCUUCUAUAUGCUCAUGUAUUGGAGAAUAGUUCUGAGUUUCAGGCUUCUCCAGAUGGUUGCCCUGCUGCUGUCCAUGAAUUCCGGAUCCCUCCUAAAGCUCUUUUAGGACUGCAUUCCUAUUGCCCUGUUUAUUUUGAUGCAUUUCAUGCUGUUCUCGUGGAUGUAAGUGUUCACAUCAGUUUCCUAAAAGCUGGUUCUCACAAAGGCCCAAUGAAGGUACCCAGCGUUUCUAAAGGUGCCAGUGACGAUGUUGCUGGCGAAAGUAUUGAUGGAUCUACUCAGGCACUGGAUCAAGCGGCUUCUACUGACCUGAAACAGGUCAUGCUUGUUAAGGCAUUAUUAGAUGCUUGUGACACACUGCUCGCAGAGCUACAAAAACUUGGCAAUGCUAUUAACCAAGCUGUUGAUUUGACUGAAUUUACAUCCAAAAUGAACGAUAUAAAGUUAUUUGAUUCCUUUCUGCAAGCAAAUCAGGUUACUGCUGAUGCUGAAGUUUCCGGACAAGGCAAGCUACAAAAUGGUCUUGAGAGAGUAAAUGGCAGAUUAGAUUUUCAAAGUGAUAGAUUGCUCCAGAACUUAUCCAAGGAUGAUGUAAUUAAACUGUUUAAUCUAUCGGGUGAACAAGUGGUGUAUUUGUGGAACACUUUUCUGAAUUUCCACAGGGAUAAUAAAACACAGAUAUUGGAAUUCCUUCGUGAUGCAUGGGCUAAGGAUCGAAGAGCUGAGUGGUCAAUAUGGAUGGUUUACUCUAAGGUUGAAAUGCCUCAUCAUUAUAUAAAUGGUGGUUUUGAUGAGUCUUCCCAUCAAAUUGUGCAUAAGAGGGGUUCAAGUUUGUGGAAGAUAACUGAUGAUCCUGCCCAGAUGGCAGCUAUGCGGGCUGAGCUUCAUCGGCGAAGUAUUGCACAAAUGAGGAUAAACAAUCGAUCAAUCCAAGACAUGCAAAUAUUUGGAGAUCCUUCAGGAAUUCCUAUUGUAAUUAUAGAACGUGUAAUGAAUGCACCUCGUCGGACUUUUAGUGAUAACUCAUACUUGAGGAAUUUGGACAUAAUGAAUUUAGCUACCUCAUGCACUGUUCCUGAAGCUGGGAAAAAGAUAUUAAGUACAAUCGCUGAACAAAAUGGGCGUGAUUUGAAGAUUGUUGUCUUUGUGCAUGGAUUUCAGGGGCAUCAUCUGGAUUUGCGGCUUGUUAGGAACCAAUGGCUUUUGAUAGAUUCCAAGAUACAGUUUCUUAUGUCAGAGGUAAAUGAAGAGAAAACAUCUGGAGACUUCAGAGAAAUGGGACUUAGGCUGGCUCAUGAAGUGAUUUCUUUUGUUAAAAAGAAAAUGGAUAAAGUUUCAAGAUCUGGACGCAUAAGAGAUAUCAAACUUAGUUUUGUUGGGCACUCUAUUGGAAACAUCAUAAUCAGAACAGCAUUAGCAGAGAGUGUUAUGGAACCUUACCUGAGAUUCCUCCAUACAUAUGUAUCUCUAUCUGGUCCACACUUGGGAUAUCUGUACAGUUCAAAUUCUUUAUUCAAUUCUGGGCUGUGGCUUUUGAAGAAGUUCAAGGGGACACAAUGCAUUCAUCAGCUAACUUUCACGGAUGACCCAGAUAUCCGUAACACUUUCUUCUACAAACUUUGUAAGCAAAAAACUCUGGAAAAUUUCAAGAAUAUAAUCCUCCUUUCUUCACCCCAGGAUGGUUAUGUUCCAUAUCAUUCUGCCCGAAUUGAGUCAUGCCGGGCAGCAUCAAUGGACUACUCCAAAAAGGGAAAAGCAUUUCUGGAGAUGUUGAAUGACUGCUUGGACCAGAUACGGGCACCUACCUCUGAGCAUCGGGUGUUCAUCCGUUGUGAUGUCAACUUCGACACAUCCUCUUAUGGGAAGAACCUCAACACGUUCAUUGGACGAGCUGCUCAUAUUGAGUUUUUGGAGUCAGACAUUUUUGCUCGGUUCAUAAUGUGGUCAUUUCCAGAACUAUUUCAAUAAUUAUUGCUGGGGUCUGUGGUUUCUGUCGCCCCACCUUCUCAAGCCUGGUAUCCAGAUUAAUUACCAAUUUCAGAGCCUGUGAUCUCUGUUUCCACUUUUCAAGCAUCACAUAACAACAUUCGCCACGUUUUUUGUUCCAGGGUGGAUAGAUGCAUUGAGAUGGUGGCCGCUGUAAACUAUUGGAUUCACGAUGCUUCUGUCAAAAGGUUGUGUAUGUAUCUUGAUCUAGCUGGACUUUUUCCUCUACCCAUAGUGUUGUUGGCUCAGCAUAUUUUACAUUAAAAUUGAAGUUAGAUAUCGUCUAGAAAACUAGCUAAUGUAAAUCCAGUAGGUUAGAUUCUUGUUUUCAGUUUUACUUAAUGAGUCGGUUCCUUCGUAUCACAGAGAUGAUCAUGCAUGUAAACAGGCCGAAUCUUGGGAAUGGAUUCAGCAGACAAAUAGUGCAGACACAGCUAAAAUUCUAGUUGGA